AUGCCAUCUCUGCGUGAGAUAUUGAGCGCCCUCUUUCUGCCCUUCAGGGCUCUGAGGAAUCAGCAACAAUCCUCGACACCAACAUCAUCGUCCUCUUUAUUGCCUCGGGGCGUGGAGCUCCUGCAGGAAGCCAUAGACAUCCUCCGCUCUGGACAGGACUCCCGCUACGCCUCCGAAGCACUGCAGAUCGCGACACCGAGCGGUGAACCUUGGGCGCACUCCGCCGUUGCUCAACCACACUCCUCUCGCUGGGUUGGACAGCCGGAAGACUUGGCCGCCUGGCUGAAGCAGUUCUGCGAAGAGCCAGCACCCGCGCAGACAUGUCAUGAACCAAGCUGCGAGCGCAAGUUUGGAGAACACCUUUUCUUGAACGACUGGAGACUGUCAUUCCUCGGCAACGCAUCGGACGACCAGAGCAGCAGCAUCUUCCGCAAAUUCUUCGAUAAGACACGCAUCAUUCUGAGCGCCUCCGCAAGCGCUCUACUGAGAUGGACCGGUAUCGGCAAGCUCUUGACCCUCGCGGCCACCCAGCGUGUCCUCUGCUGGCGAUGUGGAUCCCACUUCUGCCAAUUACACGCUUACAGACCCGCUACGCUCAUCCUGCACCAGAGAGAUGCCGGCAACGUAAGAGACACGCUUGAGGCUCUUUGGCGAGAGUCUGCUGAGGUCAGCUUUGAUAUGGCGCUAGGCACAGACCAUUGCGGAAGAGCUCGACUUCCAUCCGCUAACGGCUCCCUGACUGGCCACUUACCCCCACGCGAGGAGUCUAUCAAGCAUCGCAAUUGCAAGUUGAGCCUGCUUGGCUUUGUCAAACGCUUCUGCUCGCACACACGUUCUCAUGCUCAGACUUCGACGGACUUGGAGAAUGGCCUCUACUACGAGGUUUCACCCGGCACCUUCUACUCCUUCGAGCCCAUCGAAGACCACACCGUCUUUCCUUCUUAUACUGCAGCGUCCUCUGCUCCGUCGGUAGCUUCUUCUGACUUGGACCUCGACUUCUCCUGCAGGAGCACUCCAAUCUCUACCCCCGCAACCUCUGCAGGCCAAAAGGCACUCAACGUCAUGGGUGUUCCCACUUUCCUUCUGCGCGACGGUCGACGCAUGCUCAUUCUCCCCGAUGGACGAAUCCUGGUACGAGAGCGUGUGUGUGACCACUGUCACAGGACCGUUUUUGCAGCUCGAGGAAACGAGCUGAGCAGGCGCAACAGGGAAAUGGAGAAGCAGAAGAUGCGCCGAUGGGAAGGAAAACAGAGGCAAAAGAAGGCAAACGAGACAGGGAGACAUCAAGGCAGCCAGGUCUGUCAGAACAAGGUGGUCAACGUUACCGACGAGCAGAUCCUCCAAGCACUCCAAGCUGCCGUUGACGUCACAACCACGACUACCCCCUCAAACUCGUCUUCUGCCUCCUCUUCGAGGCACAGCAGGCGCUCUCAUCCCCACGGCGCGUACGAGAGAGCACCUCGCCCUCCUUUGUCCUACGAGCAGCAGCUACUCCACCCUCGCGUCCCUCACGUCGCUCAACUUGGGACACCAUCCAGGAGCCACCCAGGUCCACACAGCUACAACUCUCUCGACGUCAAGUGCUUUGGUCGAGACUACCACACCAGCGGUACCAGCGGCGCGAGCGACCCCGUCAACCACACCCACGAGCCCACUCCCCCGGCUGCUAGCCGUAGAGGGGACGGAGCCGGACCGGCUCGCGGACGUGUUCAACUCUGGUCUGCGGGCUCGAGGUCUCCACUAAGAUUGGCAUACGUCUAG